CAGUGCCAGAAGAUUCUCUCCUCCCCUCCACAUUUCUCAGCUGUCAGGGGACAUUACAUCUGCACAUCUCUGCACUGCCUCCAAGGUCUACUCACAGUUCUUUGAGAGUGGGGCUUCUACAUUCACACACAUUGCAGCAUCCAAACUAGUCAGCUGUGAGAAGUUGAUAUCUUUAAAUUAAGCCGAGAUCUGAUGGGAAUUCAACUUUUUGAACACUAUAUGUCGCCUGUGUUACAUGAGGGAAGGACUCAAUGGGGUCUUGAAGGACUCUCAACCAACACUGGAAAAAGGUGUAAUAUUUCAGAUGUCCUUGUGUCCUCAAUUUCAAGAACAGGUUAAAUUAAAAUGUAUGUCAAGGGUGGGCUGUAAAUCUUGACAAAUGUUCUGCAACAUGAAUGACUGAAAAAUGUGCAGAGCCUUUUCCAAGUGAGGUCUGCUACACAGUAACAAUCAUUGUUUUGAUUGUAUGUGUUUGGUAUUGCUUGUUAUCCUUGUUAAUGUUGCAAGACUCCACAGAUGUACUAUUGCAAUUCUCUAUUCGAAUCCAAAAUGGUGAGGAGGCGCGUGCUCAUUCUCCCUGUUUUCCUGAAAAGCCGAUCCUCUGAUUCCAUUUAAUAAGUACUUGUAAACCGCUACCUAUUUGGUCUCCUCAAAAAAGUAGGCUGCGCAAUCAGACUCUAUGGGCCAUCUGUCGCCUAGAGCCCAGAUUUCAGCGCCAGCUCUUUUCAACGAAUCAUGACGGUAGGCGGCAGCGUUGAUCAACUAACAGCCUACGUCUCUGUGGAUAAGAAUGAAAAGUAAAAAAGUCUACUGGUCCAGGCCUCAUGAACCACUUGCCAUUUCGGGUCUCGCUAAGGCGGACUGAGGCUGAGGGGUCGGCCAUCUCACUGGAGUACAAUGUGAUAUGUGCAAUAUUGCUAAUUCGACAAAACAUUGGCAUCUUGACACUUUCCUGUAUUUUGAAUGCAUGACGCUGACGAGGGGGAGCAAGCCUAUCGGAUUUCUUCAGAGUGUUAAUAGGGACCAAUCUAACGCUGCAUCCUAUAUAGGUUUGCCUAAAGCAUACGCUAUAGGCAAGGGCUGUCUGCUGACCUAAGAUUCAAAAAAUAAUUGUCACAUUACACCAAACUGUCAUAUAGGCCAGAAACCAAUUCACGUAUAACGUAUUACGUAUAACAGCCUUGCCUGCUUACAAAUACCGAGUAAAAGAGGUAGCACUGGCUACAUGAGCCUGUCAUCAUCCUACCUGCUUUCCUCUAAUCUGCUCAUUUGAUUAUCUUUGAGAACCUUAAUCACCUGGGAUCAACUGUUGUAAACCUGGUCACACCUCCUAGAGUAACACCAGUGAGAUUUACAACCGAACAUUUAUAAAUAACAAACGCGUAAAGGCCUCUCAUGUUCGUACAGUUUUACAACCGCUACAGUUACAUCCAACUCUAGGUUCAAAGGCUCUAUGUUUUUUCCGUCUCUUGGGUGUUCAGUAAGAUCGACGUCGUGCCUGACCAAUCAAAAAGGUCCAUUGAUGCGGUCACUGUUUGAGAGGGCGGGGUAGAAUGCCUUGUUGUGACAAGAUAGGUUGUCUUCUCAUGUCUAUGGUUUGAACUGUCCACGCACAGAGGCGUCACGUGUUCCUCCCCCUUUAGAACGACUUGGAUUCGGCUCCGGGAUUGUAGCUCCCCCAUACAAACACAGACACGGUGCCUUGUUUUGGUUUUCUACUGGAUUUACAAACUGUUUGGAUGUUGGGUAAAAUCGCACAGGCUGCAUCGGAUCCAGAUAUUGGGGAACUUUCUGUGCUCCAGUGUGAAGAUGAGACAUCGGAUGCACAGAUUUUUCAGUAUCUGUUUUUGGUAGAUUACACUUUUGUAUUCGCAAUAACAUUCAACGGCGCUGAGGCAAGCUGCUCGCUAGGCUAAAUGGGGUCGUACGCUGACUGUGCUUGUUUUGAUAGUGCAUUUGGAACUCCGGACUGAAGUGAGUUCCCCCCCCCCUCAACCCAAUAACCUUUUUAAAUUUUAUGUUUAUCCAAGAAAUUUGGAUUAGUGGAUGGAGACUUAGGAUGACAUUUAGUACAUUUGUCACAGUUGAAAAUGUAACAUGCGGCUAAAGGAUUCGACAAACUUAAACACUGUACCGAGAGUAUUGAAUAAGUCCGGUAGCUAGCAUUGCUGUUGGCACGGCGCUUUCAGCUAGCAAGCUAAUUUAAGCGUUUGCCUGGGCAAAAUUAGCCCACAAAUCCAAGCGGGGUAAAAUCGCUUGCAAUUCAUCAAUGUGGAAAGUAAAUUGAAUCCCAGUGGUCCUCUGUUCUGUGUUCGGCAUAAGUGUAGCUUUAAAAUAGCUCAACUCUUUUGAUAUCGUCUAACUAUAUAAUUUCCCAAAAUGGCUAGUCCAACCUCAGAGCAGGGUUGUUUUUCGGACGUAAGAAAGGUGGGAUAUUUAAGGAAGCCUAAAAGCAUGCACAAGAGGUUUUUUGUCCUGCGCGUCGAGAGUGCGGCGGGACCAUCCCGGCUGGAGUACUACGAGAAUGAGAAGAAAUGGAGACACAAGUCCGGAGCUCCUAAACGUUCCAUACCGCUGGAGAGUUGUUUCAACAUCAACAAGCGAGCGGAUUCCAAAAACAAAUUUCUGGUUGCUCUAUACACUAAGGACGAGUACUUUGCUAUUGCUGCCGACAGCGAGACCGAGCAGGAUGCCUGGUACCAAGCACUGGUAGACCUGCACAACAGAGGUAAAAUCCACGACACACCCGCAGGCAACGGAAUAGAAGAGGAUAAUUACAGCGAGGCUUCGCCGGGACCUGCCUUCAAAGAGGUCUGGCAGGUUAUUUUGAAACCAAAGGGCCUGGGACACACGAAGAACCUCAUUGGGAUUUACAGACUAUGCCUGACGAACAAAACUAUCAGCUUUGUGAAGCUGAACUCAGACGCUGCUGCCGUUGUUCUGCAGCUGAUGAACAUCCGCCGAUGCGGCCACUCUGAGAACUUCUUUUUCAUCGAGGUGGGGCGCUCCGCAGUGACCGGGCCCGGUGAGUUCUGGAUGCAGGUGGACGAUUCAGUUGUGGCACAGAAUAUGCACGAAACCAUCCUGGAAGCCAUGAAAGCAAUGAGUGAAGAGUUCCGGCCCCGCAGCAAGAGCCAGUCGUCCUCCUCUCACUGUUCCAACCCCAUCUCGGUGCCUGUACGCCGGCAUCAUCAUAACAACCCCCCGCCAAGUCAGGUGGGAAUGGGACGUCGCUCGCGGGCGGAGAGUGUGACCGCCACAUCCCCAGCCGGUGCAGGGAAGCACAGUCACUCAUUCCGCGUUCGUGCAUCCAGUGAUGGGGAGGGCAGCAUGUCGCGGCCGGCUUCAGUGGACGGUAGCAGUCCCAGCAGUCCCUGUAUUGGCGGAUCACGCACGCAGUCCUACCGGCAGCGUGCAGGGGGGUCUGCACGUCUACACCCACCCCUCAAUCACAGUCGCUCUAUCCCCAUGGCAUCAAGUUCACGCUGCUCCCCGUCAGCCGUGAGCCCUGUCAGCUUGUCGUCCAGCAGCACCAGCGGUCAUGGCUCCACCUCUGAUGGUCUGUUCCCACGGCGAUCCAGUGCCUCCAUCUCAGGGUCGCCCAGCGAUGGUGGCUUUGUGUCAUCGGAUGAGUACGGCUCGAGCCCCGGAGACUUCAGGGGAGGAGGGUUCCGGAGUGCUACACCUGACUUCCUUGGUCACACCCCACCUGCAAGGGAGGAGGAGCCUUUGGUUUCGGAUUACAUCACCAUGACCCAGACACCGCGGCGACCAGACGACCCUGAGCCAGAAAAGAGCUUCCGCAAGCGAACCCACUCCUCAGGUGCUGCGUCACCCCCGGUGACCUGCCACCAUCAGAAGACGCCUUCUCAGUCAUCGGCGACGUCGCUGGAGGAGUAUGCAGUCAUGCUGCCCGCUUACCCCUGCACCCGCACCACCCCUUCUGCCCCAGCAACGCCCUCUCCCUCACCCUCAUUAACAUCGGCAACCUGCCGGCACUCUGCAUUUGUUACCCCACACUCAUACCCAGAGGAGGGGCUAGAAGUGGUAGGGGGUGGGCCCUCAGCCAAGGAUGAUGGCUACAUGCCCAUGUCGCCUGGUGUUGCUCCCACCUCUGUCAUCUCCAUGACAAGAGUCACCACAGGUACAGUGUCUGGGGACGACUACAUGCCCAUGAGCCCCAAGAGUGUGUCUGCACCGCAGCAGAUCGUCAACCCCUCACCGAGGCACCGUCUCCAUGAAAACGGUGAUGUGGAUCCUAGUGGCUAUAUGAUGAUGUGGCCAAGCAGCAGCUGCUCACCCGACGGCCCUGGAAGGCUCUUGAACGGUGGCGUUUCAGCGGGCCGUGUGACAGCCCCUUUGGCGCCCCCUUCAGGCGACUACAUGAACAUGUCUCCCGCCAGCGGCUCAGCAACCAGCACCCCUCCAGACUGUUACUUCAGCACCGGCACAGGUGGAUACUUCUCCCUGCCACGCUCCUUUAAGCAUGCACACCGCAAGCAGCCUGAUCACGCCUCCUCCUCCUCAUCACCACGCCUGUCGUUAGGCGCCGGGCGCCGUGCCUACACCGACUCUUCUUCCUCCUCUGCUAGCAGCGAUAGUCUGGGUGGUGGUGGUGGCGGCGGUGGAGUCGGCGGCGGCGGCAGUCACGGCAACAGCCAGCAUCCGACCCGGCAGCAGCCGCCUCUGGGCCGCUCCAAACGCCUGUCAGAGACGGGGGAGAGUCGUCUGGCGCGACCCACACGUCUGGCCCUGGAGGGGGGACGGGCGAGCACGCUUCCCCGCUCACGCCAGACUCCCUACCAACCUGAGCCCCGCAGCCCAGGAGAGUAUGUCAACAUUCAGUUCAGCGAUCAAUCCUUCACCUCCAGCCUUGUAGCUCUCUUCCCUGCCGCUGAAAGGCCUGCCUCCUCUGAUGGAUCAGCCAAGCUCUUCCCUUCCUCUGAUAGGGUAGCUGAGCGGUUCCCGGUCUCUAAAAAGCCAGUUGAGCUCUCUGCCCCACCUCCCUCCUCCACUGACUACAUGAACAUGCAGUUAGGGUCUUCAAAUGGGCUUUCAGUCACGGAGGUAGCGACCUCUGACAUCCAUGACCUGUCCGACUAUGCAGUAGUGACCCCUGGCCCAGUUCCUCCCGCCUCUGCUGCGUUGCCAUGCGACAGCAUCUGUCAGCGCGACUACCUGAGCAUGCAGGUCUUCUCUGGAUCUCCCGUGAUGCUCCUCAACCCCUCCUCCUUGCCUGACGACCCGCCCACUGGUCCCUCCACCCAUUCCAUCUCGCCCAAUGGCAGUGAGAUGCCGGGGAUUGGCGGCCCACUGAUUGGCCCCCUUUCUGGCCUCAGCGCCUUCACACGUGUCUCCUCAGUAACACCCCCCAGCCGAAGCCAAGGCAUCACCAAGGUGAUCCGUGCCGAUCCCCAGGGGCGGCGGCGACACAGCUCGGAAACCUUCGCUUCCACGACGACCAAGAGCCCGGUCGGCACGGCGACCACCCCAACGUGCCCUGCCACAGAUGAAGUAAAGCGCCACAGCUCUGCCUCCUUUGAGAACGUCUGGCUUAAACCCGGCGGAGAGCCCAUCUCCAUGACGACAUCCCCAGCGGCAGCCGCUGCAUCUGCGGCUGGCACGAGGAGAUCAGGGGGAGAGACGAGUCCAAUGGCGGCCCUCCUGACCCGGAACCAGAACGGGCUGAACUACAUCGACCUGGACCUGGCCCACGGACGUGAGCAGCUGCCGGCUGAUUGGAGCACGUUCAGCACCAAGGCUGGAGAUGUGGGAGUAGGCGGAUCAUCUGAGGAGCUGAAUGCCUACGCCAGCAUCAGCUUCAGCUCGCCACAAGAAAACAGAGAAGGAACUCCAUAGGGACACGUAUGAACGUCAUCAGAGAGGCUCACUCCUUAACAAGAGUGAAAAUCUGGAACUGAUGCCUCUUUGUGUCCUCAAAAUUCAUUCUGAAUGAACGCGACUCCAGUAAACCAGACCUCUGGAAAACAUAUAUACCGACCUCACAAAGCCUGGACCACAGCAGUAACAAACCCACACACACCCACAAAUGGACCAUAACCAGGGAAACCAGUACUCACCUUCAGUCAAGCCAGUUUUACCUCAGUAAACCUGGACCUCAACACAAACUUCAGCACCUCAGAAGCAUCAACCACAGCACCAAACCCGGACAUGUAUUAACCUCUGGACCUCAGCCGAAUCCUAGACCUCAGAACAGACCUGGACCUCAUACAGCUGUGUGGAGAUCAGGUGGCCAGUGGCCACUUCAUCCACGCAUCUUAGCUGAACUGCACAGGCUAUCUUUUUUCUCUCACACACACACACACACACACACACACACACACACACACACACACACACUGUAGGUACAUCACAGCUGCCAUUCUGCUGUGAGGGUAGCCAUUGGAACAAUUUGAAUUAUAUGGUACUCCUAAUGCAACACACAUACGUGUGCACACACACAAACACACACACACACACACACACACACACACUCAAGAGAGUGGAGACCUUUACUUACCAUGAGGUACAUGAAUACACUUGUACAUGCUGAGGUGCUCUCCAUGGUACACACAUAUGGUACACACAUAUGGUACACAUACACGGUACACAUACACAUAUAUGCACAUGUUUAUGCACACAGGUACAGACAG